AUGGCAGUAGCAACGUUGAUGCCGGCAUCGCCGUUGGAACCAUCUUUGGCAUCUUCUCGGAGGAGGCGGCGGGCGCUGCAUGCGACCUUCCCACGAACAUCAAGGACCUGGAUGACGACCAGGUCAGCUGCCUUGCUGCGACGCUGCAGCCGGGAAAGAACCUCGUCGCCGCCGGCUACGUCCUCUAUUCCUGCUCAACCGAGUUGGUCUUCACCAUCGGCAGGGGCGUCGUGGGCUUCACGCUCGACAACUCCAUCGGCGAGUACGUGCUCACCCGACCCAGCAUCAAGUCGCCCCAGCUCGCUUCUUCCAUGUAGCCAAAUAGAUAAACUUUGGGGUUUAGGGUCUAGGGUUAAGGGUUUAGGGUCUAGGGUUUAG